AUGCCAUCGAAUUGUGGUAUUCUCGACAUCCCUGCCCUGGCCAGGGUCACCUGGGAACUUUACAAUCAAUUUCACCCUUUGUCUAAAGAUGCACCAGAUGGAUUUCGAAACCUGAUUAAUGAUUUGGGGUCGCUGCAGGGAAGCCUGCGAGCGCUCAGUGAGGAUGUGAGCUCAAACGCAUUCUUUUUUCAGGAGAUGGAUACAAGCCGAAGACAAGCACUAGAAAGAUGUCUGAGCGCAUGCUACCAAACCCUCCAACGCCUCAAAUCUCUUCUCGGACGAUAUCGCGACUUGGGUGUUGGCGAAGGCAAGACUUUCUGGCAAAGGAUCAAAUGGUCUACCCAGAGGGUUCAGAUCGAAGAUAUUCGGUCUAAAAUCAUUGUCCAUACGUGUAAUUUGAGUCUUUGCAUGAGCUCUAUUGGAUAUGCAUCUCUCGCUCAGUUAGAGCAAACAAUAGCACAAGCGAUGGAAGAUGAUGAACACGCCAUGCAUGUCAUGGAGUCAUCUUUUAGGCGGGACUCCGACACCCUCGGCUCCCCUCGGAGCAUCAGAGAAAUUGUAUCCGGUGAUCCUGAAGAUGCAAGCGCGCAUGAUAAAUACCACUCAGAUCGCCUCCACGUUGCACCCCUGCGUCAAGCAAGGCACGACAACGGCAAACGGAGAAAUACUUCGAUCUCCUCCGAGUCUAUAGUUUCCGGAUCUGACGGGUCGUUCUAUGGAGGGACCGCACCUACUUCUCCCACCUCUUUCAACACAACCCGUUCCCCUUCGCAGAGUAUGAUGGGUAGAAUCAGCCUCUCUCAAAGCAGGGGCGAGCAGCCCUCCAACGAAACGAUUGACGGUCGAACUCACGAAAAGGUGUCUUGGGAAGAUAACUCGGAAAGCCAGGAGAAGCAAAGUUUGGAGAUAAGCAGUGAGGGCUCCCAGGAAAAUCCUCACCAUCGGGUUCUGGAGGCUGUAUCAAACGCCAUGCAUCAAUUGCGCCAGGUCCGCCUGAAGGAGCAGCUUGCACGACCAAUUCGGUAUGAGCCACAGAACCCGGCACACACGCCAAUGCCAGAAGUUAUCUAUUUAUUCGAAGUUUCUGUCAACGAAGAGCUCCAAGUCCGGCGACUAAUCACGCGAGACUGGUUACGCAUUUCUACCUGGUGGCUAUUGAAAGCUCGUACGACUCUCGCCAACGGUAGCAGGAAUAAGUAUACUAGCGCACGAGGCAGCUUGAGCCCGUCGACAGACUCCGCUUCGAGCUCUCACCAGGCUUAUGUUGACCUGCUGAAAGCAUCGUAUAUUCUUUACGACGUUGUUCUGAAAGAAGAAAGCUCCCCUGCUCUCUUGACCGAUGAGAAUCGCAAAUCAAUUGCUGAGCUUUCAGAGAGUAUUAACUACGAGUUUUCCCAGUAUACCUCCCUUGACAUACCAGAUACCGAAAAUAUCCUUUCGCAAAAUUGCGCUAUUUGGGAGUCUCUGCAGCCGGAAGAGACUCCUGAUAGCAGCUUUGAUUUUUCAUUUGGCCUUGACAAUGCGCGAUGGAUAUCCGUUGAUAAAGAAGAUGCUGGUGCUGAGGAAGAGAUAGUCCUCUUUAGGACAUUUGUCAACGCAGGAAUUGGAGGCAAAAAGUUCCGAAUGCGCUCUAAAGGUGCGCCUUAUAUGCUCUUGCUAGCCGCCCGAGAGGGUGAAAGUGAGCCAAAAUUCAUUCUGUGCAACCAAAGUGGAUCUCUUUACCUCCAAAGAAACUUCGUGCCUGACGAUCUACCGCCGAUGAUUGUACUCGAAAAUGCUAUAAGGGCUGGAUUCCCGGGCGCUAGAGUUUCAGAGCCAUUGCCAUUCAAGUUCGAUAACACGAGCGUUUCAAUAUCCUUCCAGUUUGAGUCAGAUAUGGGGCUGUUUAUCAACAUUCCAAAGGCCUACUUCGAUGCCGUUUGGCUGAGAGAGCCAAUUGAUUCUAAGGACUUUACCGAAAGCGUUAUCUUCAAAGGAUCUGUUGAAAUGCUUGAACAGCUGAAACCUCCAACUAUGAAACCCCUCAAUCCACCAGUCACGAUAAAGUCUUGCGAGCUUCGUAUCCUGGAAAGGACCUUUGGGGAAGCUUGGCGGUCUACUCGAAGAGUAGUAAUCACCCCCUCCGUCGCACAAACAAUGCCACGAUGUUUGGAGUUUUUCAUGCCAUUAGGUGGGGUUCAAAUCAAUCACGAGGAUAUGUCUCGCCAAUUUCUCCUCAAAUGGUCCGAUGCCUGUCAGGAACGAUCGGACAGAACAGAUGGAAAUUACAACACUCUUUACUCAUAUAGCUACGACGAAAAUGCUCCAAACCUCGGGUUCAGUCUACAUUUUGGUACACAACAAGGCGCCGAAGAUUUCGAAAAGGCAAUUAUGGAUCUGAGCUUCCGGCCUGACUUUUCGUGGUCUGAGCCUAGUAGUUCCGGUCGUAUUUACGAGGUCAUUGAUACUGGAACCGAACAUAAACAAUACAAAGCAGUUGUCUUAUUUCAGAACCACUCAUCAUGGCGAUAUCUCGAUGUUUACUACAUCUAUCGCAAUACCGACUACGCCUACGAGCAUUCAUCUCUCAGCAUCCGUUUCCCUGCCAUCUCCCAUACAGAUUAUAUCUCCACACACGUUGACCAGCUUUAUCGUGCUGAUGAACCAGUCGGGUUCUCUCAUUGUGAGAAAAAAUCCAGGAAGGUGAUAAUCCAUUUUGAUACUGAGCCCGUCUCUCGCUCAUUUCUCAAUUCACUUUCCCCUCUAUACGAGCUCGUUUUCUCUCGCCGGGUCCAAUCACUCUCCACCAAGGGCAAAUCGCUGUUUGGCUCUAAAAAGUCUGGCAAAGGAGGGGCGGAAGCCCAACUUUGGCGUCGGGGAAAUCGAUUCCAGCUUGCUGCCCGCUGGGACGACAAUAUUCCUGACAAAUGGUUUACCAUGUCCUUGCCCUCAGAUUCUUCCGAGUCGUCCAAAGAAGGUACCCGAGUCAGCUUCCCACGUCUGCCUUACAACCGAGGAACUGUUCUAGAUAUGGCGAACAUCAUAACACGCAAUCCCAAAACUAUGAAUGUCGGUUCUCGAGAAGGGGCUGUUUCAAUGGUUUUCCAAACACCUCACGACCGAGAAGACCUUUUGGCAGCCUUGCAGGGAAGACCGUUCUAA